AAAAGCUGCCAGACUGGGAAAAUUUCAACAGCAGAAAUUGCAGUACAGUCUCAUACCAGCCGAGAUGCCGGCGUGCAGACAGAUCAAAGUAAAGAUGCUGUCCAAGACUUCCAGCAAGAAAUCCAAGUAGAUUACAGCAGCCUUCUGUCAUUCCUUCAGAGAGUGGAGCGUGCUGUUAUCAAAGAGCUAAAUAAGAACUGGAAAAGCCGUGCCUUUGAUGGCUUUGAGGUGAACUGGACAGAGCAGAAUGAAACAGUGUUGUGUUUGCACACAUUGUCCUACCCAGAGGCUCAGGAGCAGAAGCUGCAGGUCACCAGCAUCUCAUGGAGCGCAACCGGAUCUGUUGUUGCGUGUUCGUAUGGCCGGUUGCACGGUGGGGACUGGAGCACAGAAAAAUCCUACGUCUGCACCUGGAAUCUGGACAGAAGAGGGUUGAAUCCCCAGCGCCCUGACCUCGUGGUGGAUGUUCCCAGCUCUGUCAUGUGCCUGGCUUUCCACCCCUCCCAGCCUGCACUGAUAGCUGGUGGCCUCUUCAGUGGAGAGCUGGUGGUUUGGGACACCAGCAGAACAGAAGACCCCAUGAUCUGGAGGACGGGGAUGACGGACGACACUCACAGUGAUCCAGUCUAUCAGGUUAAGUGGUUACCUGACGCCAAGCACAGGAACCACGCCCAGCUGCUGAGCGCGUCGACGGACGGAAAGAUCCUGGUGUGGAGGGAGGAGCGAGAUGGGCGGCUGGCCUUGGCCGAGGGAUUUGCCCUGGUGGCUCAGCAGAUCCCUCGCAGCUCUCAGCUGAAGAAGUUCACGUGGGGAGAGGCAGCCGUGGGUGUGACCUCGCUCUCUUUCUCACACUUCAAUCCCCACGUGUUCAUCGUCGGUGUGGAAGGCGGCUAUCCCCUCAAGUGCUCCAUGGCAGCAGAGACACGGGCUCUCCAUCCUCCGGGCAGUUCUGUUCCCCUCAGGGCGCCAGCGGAGCUCGCCUUCUCCCCGCACGGCGGGCCCGUGUACUCCGUCAGCUGCUCGCCCUUCCACAGGAACCUCUUUCUGAGCUGUGGGACCGACGGACAAGUUCACUUGCACUCCAUGCUGCAGACACAGCCCCUCAUUUGUCUGCAGUUAUCCAAGAAAUACCUUUUCUGCGUACGCUGGUCUCCAGUUCGACCAUUGGUCUUCGCGGCUGCAUCUGGGGAAGGAGCAGUGCACCUGUUUGACCUGGAGAAGAGCUCGCAGAAGCCUGCCCUGUCCCUCCAGCAGGCCGCGGGUGAAUGCCCCGUGCACUGCUUAGAAUUUAAUGUCAAGCAAACUCGGCUGUUGGCAGCAGGGGAUGCGACUGGCACAGUCAGAGUCUGGCAGCUGAGUUCUGACUUCACUGAGCAGGGACCCAGGGAAAUGAAUCACCUGGAGCAGCUGGCGAGUGAGAUCAGGGACUGA